CCAUGAGCCACGAGCAGCAGGGCUGGGGCCGCGACGGCGGGGGCCGCGGGUCGGGCCGGGGCGGGGGGCGCGGCGGGCGCGGCCGGCACCCCGGGCACCUCAAGGGCCGCGAGAUCGGCCUGUGGUACGCCAAGAAGCAGGGCCAGAAGAGCCGCGACGCCGAGCGCCAGGAGAGGGCCGUGGUGCACAUGGAUGAGCGCCGAGAGGAGCAGAUCGUGCAGCUGCUGCAUUCGGUGCAGGCCAAGAGCGAAAGGGACAACACGGAGCCCCAGCUCUCCUGGUUUGAGCCUGAGGAUCACGGGUACGGCACCGAGGUCCCUGCCCAAAGCAAGCCCCACUCGGAGAAGAAGCCCGAGAACCACGAGAAGAGACUGGUGAAGCCUGAAAAGGUGCCCUUCAGGGUCAGGGACAGAUACGGGGACCGGGAUGCUGAGUAUAUCUUCCAAGACAACGAGCCGGAUGGAGCCUUGGACCAGCAGUUACUGGAGGAACUGCAGAAGAAGAAGACGGAUCUUCGUUACAUCGAGAUGCAGCGCUUCAGAGAAAAGCUGCCUUCAUUCGGGAUGCGGAAGGAGCUGGUGGAAAUGAUCAAUGGCCACCAGGUCACCGUGAUAAGUGGCGAGACUGGUUGUGGCAAGACCACUCAGGUCACCCAGUUCAUCUUGGACGACUACAUCGAGCGAGGGAAGGGGUCUGCGUGCCGCAUCGUGUGCACUCAGCCCCGGAGGAUCAGCGCCAUCUCAGUUGCUGAGCGGGUGGCUGCAGAACGCGCGGAGUCCUGUGGAGGAGGCUGCAGCACGGGCUACCAGAUCCGCCUGCAGAGUCGGCUGCCCCGGAAGCAAGGGUCCAUCCUGUACUGCACGACGGGGAUCAUCCUGCAGUGGCUCCAGUCAGACCCGCGGCUGGCCAGCGUCAGCCAUGUGGUGCUGGAUGAGAUCCACGAGCGGAACCUGCAGUCCGAUGUUCUGAUGACGGUCAUCAAGGACCUGCUCGGAGUCCGGCCUGACAUGAAGGUCGUCCUCAUGAGCGCAACGCUGAACGCCGAGAAGUUCUCAGAGUAUUUUGGCCACUGUCCAAUGAUCCACAUCCCUGGGUUCACCUUCCCGGUGGUGGAGUAUCUUCUGGAGGACGUCAUUGAGAUGAUAAGAUACGUCCCCGAGCAGAGGGAGCACAGAUCCCAGUUUAAGAGGGGCUUCAUGCAAGGGCGCUCCCACCGGCAGGACAAGGAGGAGAAGGAGGCCCUGUACCGGGAGCGCUGGCCUGGCUACCUGCAGCAGCUGCGGAAGAAGUAUUCUCCCAGCACUAUCGAAGCGCUCGAGAUGGCAGACGACGAUAAAGUGGACCUGAACCUGAUUGCCGCCCUCAUCCGGCACAUCGCUCUGAAGGAGGAGGAUGGUGCCGUGCUUGUCUUCCUGCCUGGCUGGGACAAUAUUAGCACUUUACACGACCUCUUGAUGUCCCAAGUGAUGUUUAAGUCAGACAGGUUUCUGAUUAUCCCUUUGCAUUCACUGAUGCCCACCGUGAACCAGACCCAGGUAUUUAAAAGAACCCCUCCUGGUGUUCGGAAGAUUGUCAUUGCGACCAACAUCGCCGAGACCAGCAUCACCAUAGAUGAUGUCGUCUUUGUGAUUGAUGGCGGGAAGAUAAAGGAGACGCACUUUGACACCCAGAACAACAUCAGCACCAUGUCUGCGGAGUGGGUCAGUAACGCCAAUGCCAAGCAGAGGAAGGGCCGAGCUGGCAGGGUCCAGCCUGGCCACUGCUAUCACCUGUACAACGGUCUCCGAGCCAGCCUGCUGGACGACUACCAGCUGCCCGAGAUACUGAGGACCCCUCUGGAGGAGCUCUGCCUGCAGAUCAAGAUCUUGAGACUCGGGGGCAUUGCUGACUUCCUGGGCAGGCUGAUGGACCCCCCAUCAGAUGAAGCAGUGUCACUUUCCAUACGACACCUGAUCGAACUGACCGCUCUGGACAAGCAGGAGGAGCUGACGCCUCUCGGGGUGCACCUGGCGCGGCUGCCGGUGGAGCCGCACAUCGGGAAGAUGAUUCUUUUCGGGGCUCUGUUCUGCUGCCUGGACCCCGUCCUCACCAUCGCGGCCAGCCUCAGCUUCAAAGACCCCUUCGUCAUUCCACUGGGGAAAGAGAAGGUCGCAGACGCAAGGAGGAAGGAGUUGGCAAAGGACACCAGGAGUGACCACCUGACGGUCGUGAACGCAUUCGAGGGCUGGGAGGAAGCCAGACGCCGGGGCUUCCGCUGCGAGAAAGACUAUUGCUGGGAGUAUUUCCUGUCUUCCAACACUCUGCAGAUGCUGCACAACAUGAAGACGCAGUUCACCGAGCAUCUCCUCGGGGCUGGGUUCGUGAGCAGCAGGAACCCGAAAGAUCCGAAAUCAAACAUCAACUCAGAUAACGAGAAGAUCAUCAAAGCUGUCAUCUGUGCUGGGUUGUAUCCCAAAGUUGCGAAGAUUCGCCUAAACUCUGGUAAAAAACGGAAAAUGGUGAAGGUGUACACGAAGCCGGAUGGGCUGGUUGCCAUCCACCCCAAAUCUGUGAACGUGGAGCAGACGGACUUCCGCUACAACUGGCUCAUCUACCAUCUGAAGAUGCGGACGAGCAGCAUCUACCUGUACGACUGCACGGAGGUCUCCCCGUACUGCCUGUUGUUCUUCGGGGGCGACAUCUCCAUCCAGAAGGACAAGGAGCAGGAGACGAUUGCUGUGGACGAGUGGAUCGUCUUCCAGUCCCCGGCAAGAAUCGCCCAUCUCGUCAAGGAGCUGAGGAAGGAGCUGGACACGCUGCUGCAGGAGAAGAUCGAGAGCCCCCACCCCGUCGACUGGAAGGACACAGGGUCCAGGGAGUGUGCGGUGCUCUCCGCCAUCACCGACCUCAUCAAGUCCCAGGAGAAGGCGGCCCCCAGGAACGGUCCCUCCUGCUUCCAAGACGGGGGCUACUGCAGCUGACGGCAUCACACAGGGUCUGCGGACCCAGGGGUCGGGGCCAUCUCCGACGUAGGGCAGGUGUCCGGCGAGACACCAGGGCGGGACGCAGGACCGCGGGGAUCGAGUGCAUGGUAGAUGGCACCGUGGGUGGUGAGUGAGCGCGUGAGCGGGGCACUGCCUUGGCACAACAUGCACGUCCCGUGGUGGUCCCGGGCUCAGCUGAGCACGGCCGCAUCCAGACGCCAGACCUCGCACGCACAUGGCCAUGUCCCUCGAGAAGCCUUCGUUCUGUGAGACGCCCGCUCCCUGCCCAGAGGGAUCCCGGUGGACUGAGCGGCUGGAGAGCGUGUCAGGCACGGAUCUGAGCCCUGCCCAUCUUCACGGUGAUGUGGGCUGGUGCAAUAAAGCCGCCUUGAAUGGACCGUGCCGUGUCAGCUCAGCUGGCUCGGGCCCUUCCCGGCCGCACUCUGGGUCCGGACUGCAGACAGCCCUGGAGCCUGGCCACCGCGUCCAGGUCCUAGCUGCCCCCGGGAAUGCUGCUCCUCCCCAGCCCUCCCUGCCUGCUUGGCAGAGAUGGUGCAGUGCGGGUGGUGUGGCCCUUGCCCAGCCUUCAUCCCGCUCUGACCCCUUGCCACCUGCCGGGUGCUGCUGCCUCAGGCACAUUCUCAGGACUGAGGGGAUGUGCUGCUGCUCCAGAUGACACCCUCGUCCGAGGCCCGAGGGUGACAGGAAAUGAGCCACACGUCUCAGCCCACCCCCAGGGCCCGUCUGCUUGUGCUGCCGGCCUGGGCUUGUGCCUGCUGAGCUCACACCCUCAGUUCCCUGCACACCCACGGCAGGCCUCUGCUUUCAAGGGACUGUCUCAAUUCCCGUCACGUGGGUGCUGUCCCUGGGCUCAGUGGUGGGUCUUGGUCAUCUGUUCCCCGGCUCCAUUGGCCGGACACGUCAGCAAACAGAAACGUAUGAGAAGCCGAGGCUGCAGGCUCCAUGGGGAAAUGAGGGUUUGAGAAGAGGUUCCUGCAGAAAGCGGCCUCGCUUCACCUGUCUGGAGCUCCCUCUGGGUGCACUGGACAAGCAUCUCUGGGAGCACAGCCUGUGGAGCACUGCCUGGGCCAGUGGUCAGUUGGGGCAGAAGCUCUUGGUGCAUUGUGUUCUUGGUCUAGGUUUCAGAGUCAGGCACCAGCGUCCUCUCCCAGGCAGGGACAGACCUGCCCCAGUGUGAGCUGAGGUGCCUGCCGAGCCAGUGGAGGAGACGGGCGAGACCACCCUCGCUCUAGAAUACUGGUCUCAGAACAGCGUUCCUACUCAAUUGUAAAGCUCGGAUUUCAUUGUACUACUUGGAAGUGGAACGUAUAAAGGAAAGCAUGGUGUCGCUAUUCUAUUUUGUUGUAUUUCCAUACAUUUUUUAAGCUUUAAGUUUCUUUUUUUAUAUAUAAUAAAAUCAAGUGUAUAAUU